UUUUUCAUGUGCUUUCUCGUAAACAUUUUUCACGCGCUAUCGAUAUUCCUCAGCCUCCCUUUCGCUCUUUUCUCUCAAUCGCAUAAAUAAAAGUAGCUGACGGAUGGACGUUCGCGCUGUCCCGUCAAAAUGCAUUAUUACACGCGCGUUGUGUGUCAGAUAAUUUUAUGACCUGCUCUUCUUCCUCUCUCUUUCUCUCUCUCUCUCUGUGUCUCUCUUUUUUUCUCUUUCUAUAUCAUUGUUUUUAUCGAAAGUUUCUUCGUUGCAUUUGAUUAAAUUCAUCAUUGGAUUCUUCGAUGCAGCAAUAUACUGUAAAGAAUGAUGACAGUGACAGUUGUUGCAACUCGUCCCCGUGUUCGGAGCUCGCGUCGAAUCCAAAGUCUACCGAAACUAUUGAAACAAAUGCAAAAGAACUUACAACGGAACAGGAAAACAAUAUCGGAACAUCACAUAAUACAACUGCAACUGCCUUGCAAGAACCGCCCAUGGAGAAUAUAAAUUUCACAGUAAUUUACAAUAAACAGAAGAUUAGUGUGAAUUUUGCUUUAGAUGGUACAGUUGCCGAAUUAAAGACACAUCUGCAGAAAAUUAUCUCAGUACCGCAAGCAAUGCAGAAAGUUAUGUUUAAAGGAUUAGCCAAAGAUGAUCAGACUCUUAGGAAUUUGGGAAUAACAAAAGGUGCCAAAGUCAUGAUAGUUGGAUCAAAGCUAGAUGAUGUAUUAGCUGUGUCAAUUCCAACAAAACAAGAUCUCAUAGAUGAAGCUGUCUCUGCAGUAAGUAAAGAACCCCUUUCACAGCAGAAAGUACAUAGGAAAGUCUUAGAUAAAGGUAUUCCAGAGGAUGUGAUGCCAGGGAUAUUAGAUAGCAAGGAACCUUUGCCUGAAUUUCCAUUAGCUGGAAUGUUAAACAAGUCUGGAGGGAAAGUUAGAUUAACAUUUAAAUUGGAACAAGAUCAACUUUGGAUCGGCACGAAAGAAAGAACAGACAAAAUACCUAUGAAUUCAAUAAAAGGUGUUCACAGUGAACCUAUUCACGACCAUCCCGAGUAUCAUAUUAUGGCAAUACAAUUAGGCACUACAGAAGCAUCAAGAUACUGGAUAUAUUGGGUCCCUGCACAGUACAUAUCUGCUAUUAAAGACGCUAUUCUUGGCAAGUGGUGUUAUUUCUGAUUCACUGAAAAUUUCCUUUUUUGUGAAUCACAAUCUUGCAAAUCGCAGAAAUUGAGCAAAAUUAAAUCAAGUGUAAACAUUGAUGCAAACACUGCUGUUCCAUUGACAUAAAAACUGUCAGCUAGUCACACACAUUUUUAACAGUAAGUAAUAAUUUAUUUUGAGUUGCAUUAAUAUCAUCAAGAAUACCCAAUAAACAUAGUCUAUCUUGCUAAGAAAAUAAUUUAGGUGACAACCUUGUUUUAUUGGGAGAAAAAAAUAUAAACACACUAUAUAUGCCAAUGUUUUAUAUUUUCAUAGUCAAGAUUUAAGUGUAAUCUGAAUUUUCUACACAGCUGAAUGUAAGUUAGACAGUCUUUUAUACGAGAACUGUGAUUAGUGGAACUUCCAUAAUUAAUGUGUUGUGAUAAUAUUAUAUGCGUCUUUGAAUAUAUAAUUAAAUUCUUUGUUUUUAUUUGA